CAAUAAUAUUCUAAACUUGUAACCAAAUGAAUAAUGUUAGUUCAGCGAGUUGACGAAAGUGGCGCGGUUAUAAUAUACAUAUUUACCGUAUACUUCGUUUCCUUUAGAACAUUAUUGCGUCAAAAUAGGAGAUAUGACAACGUUGCCCAGAGUAUCUAUUUUUAGAACAUAACAGAAUCUUUCGACCUUGGCUAGUUUGUUUUCGGCGGUUUGUUUCUCGUUGAUUUUAAUAUAAUUAUAUCAACUUGUUCGUCCUGUUGCUUAUUGCGUCGUAUAUUUAUUGUGUUCUUUUAAUCCUCAAACAAAUAGGAGACCGAUUCAGAUAACAGCAGUGCUACAAACUUAAGUCAAAAAAAUCUCAGGAUUCUCACAGAAACUUGUACCGACCACCAGUUAAUCCAUGAAGUGAAAGAUGUUUUAGCCCUCGAGUCAACGAUAACUGGGGUACAAGAACAUAUACACAAUUACAAUAAACAAAAAUGUAGAAAUACAGGUAAUCUCGAACACCCUUACAAAAGAAAACCAAGAAAACCAGAUUAUUGUUACUACUGUGAAACGGAAGUUCUUAAUUUUGGUCGCCAUAUUAUAAGGAACCAUUCAAUGGAAGUCGAUGUGGCUGAAAUUAUCUCCAAACCAAUCAAAUCAUGUGAAAGAAGAAGUCUAUUUGAUAAACUCUAGGAAAUUUUUUAACUGAUGGUGGAAACUGUUUCAAGGCUGUUAGACAGACUUAUGUACCAGAUCGUGUUCUCAUUCAUUGUGACAAUUGUUUAGGAUUUUUCUCUUCCAAACUAUUAUACCGACAUAGAAAAAAAUGUGGAAAUAGAAGCAAUCAAGAGAGGGCACAAUUUGCUAGCCAAUCAAAAAUGUGUCCCAACAUUAAAAUUGAUCAUCGACUAAAAGAAGAAAUGUUUCUCAGGAUGAGAGAGGACAGGAUUUCAAUGGAAGCCAAGAACGACUUUCUAAUUCGUCCAUUUGGAACCCGUUGUUUGAAGACGCACCGAGAAAAGCAUUUUAUAGCAGUUACAUCACGCAAAAUGAGGGAAUUGUCAAAAAUAUUUAAAGAAAGGAGAAAAAUAGACCCAUCUAUAUCCACUAUGUUUUCAGCAUUGCGACCAAAGUAUUUGAUGACUUUGUUGAAACCACAAAACGAAUAGCUUGUUAUGAUCCUGAAAAAGACUUGUCUCCAAAUGUUGCCAUGAAUAUAGUGAGAUCACUCAAGCAAUGUUGCGAUUUUGCAAUCACUUUUGCCUAUAAGAAACAAACUGCAUACUUAUCUGUUUCAACUGCUACAAUUGAGGCAUAGCUUAAAACUUUAAUUCAUCUAUUUGAGGCAAACUGGAGUAUUGAGGCCUCAACCCAAGCAGCUAAUAAUUUAAAUCUUAACAAAUGGAAUAAGGUUACAAUAGUUCCACUAGCGAAUGGUCUAAAAUUGCUAAGAUCCCAUUUAGUUAAACUUGCUGACGAUGCAACGAAAAUUCUGCAGAAUUAUUUGUGACACUACAGUUGAAAAUGCACCGCAUAUUAAAGCGUUUAACAAUCUCAUUGAAUCUGUGUACUGUAGAAUAAUUUUGCUAAACAGAAAACGUUCUGGAGAAUUACAGAGAAUGUCCUUUUACACUUAUGUUAACUCUAUCGGAAAUCAAAAAUAUGAAGAGUUUCAAAAAGCAGUUUCACCUUCUGAAAAAAAAAAACUACUAAGUUCAAUGAAGACAGUAGCCAUUAGAGGUAAGACGGGCAGGGGUGUUCCAGUUUUGUUCAACCCCGAGGUACAAAAUCAUAUCGAUACUUUGCUUGCGGUUAGAAAUGAAUUUGUACCAAGGGAUAAUCCUUACCUAUUUGCUCCUGUUAAAUCUUCUUCACAUUUAAUCAGUUACAAAAUAUUAGGAGAGCACGCAAAAUUAUCCGUUGCGAAAGAUCCUACUUAUAUAACAUCGGCUCGUUUGCGUAAGCAUCUGGCAACUUUAUCACAAUUAUUAAAUUUAUCUGAUGGAGAGAUUGAACAAUUAGCUACUUUCAUGGGAUACAGACAAAACUACAGAAGUUCCUACAGACUGCCAGAUGAUAUUUACCAAACUACUAAAAUAGCGAAACUGUUGAUGGUAAUGGAGAAGGGAACAGCCAACAAAUUCAAAGGAAAAUCUUUAGAUGAAGUAGAAAUUGAUAUGGACAAAAAUCUUUUGGAAGAUAACUUUUCUGAAAGCGAUGUUGAUGGUGACGAUGAGUUAGUGUUUGCUACAUGAUGAUAGUGAACCAUCAACUAGUCAAAUACGCCAGUCAAUGGGAGCAAGAAUAGGAUAUUACCUCCAAAUUCUAUCCUACUGCAUGGAUUUUAAUGAAAUUUUGGGCCUAGCUUCUGCUUAUCUCCUAAUUCAAAGUCUACCCUAUGCCGAUGUGUGCUUUUAUCUUGGGGGUGGUUCCCACCCCUUCUUAAGGGUGGAAAAUUUUUUGGUUAAAAUUACCACGGAAUUCGCUAGAGAACCUAAUUCUAAGCAAAAACUGUUCCAUAAUUUUUUUUUGAAAACUCAAUACUUUUUGAGAUAUUCGUGAUUGAAAAUUGGCCAUUUUCAUUGAAACAUAAUACCUUUUCGAACGGUUUUUUGCGAAUACCUUAAAAACUAUGCAUCUAACUAAGAAAACUAUAUUAAACAUUUUUGUAGGUUAUAAAAAAACAAAGAGAGACUUGCCUUAUUAAAUCUUCCAGUUAUACAAAAAAGAGAUAUGGUAGGUGAAAAUAUUUUGUUUUUUGGUACAUUCUCAAAUUGGUGUAUUCAACUUGAAAUAACAGAGAAACGGUCGAUUUUAGGUGUAUAAUGCUAAUAAUAUCUUUUGAGGUGCUUGAAAAGACCUUUACAAUGAGCUAUAUUAAAGGUCCAUUACAUUAAAACUGAGCGAGAUAUGAUGCAAACAAAAUUGAUAACUAAUGUAUUUUAAGAAAAAAUGAGAAGUAAUUUUAACCCACAUCCACCAAAAUGUAAAUGCAUAAUUUUCCCUCCAAAAUACCUUUUAUUAUAGUGUUAUUUCUAUGUUCAAAAAGUUGGACGGGUUUAAAAUGAAUGGUUUUUGAAAAACAAAGAUCAAAUUUUAGAGCGCAUUUUUAAAUUUUCUUAAAAAUUUUCCUUUUUCUCCAUGUAACUUGAAAAAUGAUAAGAGAUAGAGUAAUGAAAAAUAAAAAGGAAAUUUUUAUCUGAAAAAGCCCAAAAUUUUGUGUAAUAUCUUUCUUUCGUAUCUCUUAUCUUUUUCGAGUUACAUGGAGGAAAAUGAAGAUUUCUAAGAAAAUUUAAAAAUGCGCUCUAUAAUUUGAUCUUAUUUUUUUUCAAAAACCAUUCAUUUUAAUCUAGUCCAACUUUUUAAACAUAGAAAUAACACUAUAAUAAAAAGUAUUGUAGAAGAAAAACGAUGUAGGUAUUUAAAUUCUGAUGGAUGAGGGGUUAAAUAUACUUCUCAUUUCUUCUUAAAAUACAUUAGUCAUCAAUUUUUUGCAGAAUAUCUCGCUUAGUUUGCAUGUAAUCGACAAUUAGUAUUGCUCAUUUUAAAGGUCUUUUCAAGCACUACAAAAGUUAUUAGCAUCAUUAUACACCUAAAAUCGACAGUUUCUCUGUUAUUUCAAGUUGAAUACACCGAUUUGAGCAUGCAGCAAAAAAACGAACUCUUCUUACCUACCAUAUCCCUCUUUGUAUUUUAACUAGAAGAUUUAUGAAGGGACGAAUCUCUUUGUUUUUUAUAACCUACAGAAAUAUGUUAUAUAGUUUUUUUAUUAGAUGCAUAGUUUUUAAUUUAUUCGCAAAAAUUCGUACGAAAAAAUACGAAUUCGUACGAAUAACUCAAAAAGUACUGAGUUUUAAAAAAAUAAUUAUAAAACAGUUUUGCUUAAAAUUAUGUUCUCUAGCCUCUUCCGUGGCUAUUUUAACCAAAACAUUUUUCACCCUCGAGAAGGGGUGAGAACCACCCCCAAGAUAAAAGCUCACAUCGGCAUAGGGUAGACUUUGUUUCUUGAGCUAUUCCCUACUUACUGUAAAAAUAUCAAGUAAAUCGAUGUAGUAGGAUGGAAUUCGGAGCCAAAUACCCUCAUUGACUGCCCUAAAAGUGAUAAUACCAUUUUUACAACGAAAAAAAAAAUAAAACAUUCAAAAAUAAGACUGCGCGAAAACUAGUUCCAUGGACAGAAAGACAAAAGUCUGUCACUCUAAACUUUUUCAAGAAUCAUAUCAAAUCUAGAAGGCCUCCAAAAAAAGGGAAGUGUGAAGAACUAAAGAAUAAAUUUCCUGAGCUAUUGAACAAAAUAACUGGUUAAAGAUUAAAGUAUUCAUACAAAAUUCAUAUUGCAAUAAAAAAAAUUAACGCAUGCUUUUUUAUU